AUGUCUGCUGCAGAAGUGGUGUCGGCAUGUCCCCCGCACGGCCUCCACCACUUUCCUGACCUCAGCUCCUGCGAUGGCUACUACACGUGUCUGGGCGGCAGCCUCCUCCUCUGGCACCGCUGCCCCGCCGGCCUGCACUUCAACAGGCGCCUGGCCGCCAAGCUCCUCCCGUGUGACCGACCCGAGCACGCCGACUGCGAGGCGCUCCUUGACCCGAAGAAAUCGGUGCACCGCUCGCCGGACAGCUGCCGCGAGUUCUUCGUGUGCGUGGGCGGCGUCCCCAAGCGGCACCGCUGCCACCUCGGCCAAGUGUUCAACGAGAAGCUGUCCAUCUGCUCCCUGCCCGAGAAAGUCCCUGGAUGGUGA